CUUCAGGCGGCGGCACUGAAGGCGUCGCGUGUGCACUCUGACUCUAUGCUGAGGGAGCGGACGCCCGUGGAGACGCAGGCGUUAAUGGCCUAUUUCCGGGGCGAUCUAGACCUCAGACACCCUCCAUUGUUUCUGAAGGCGACAAUGCCCGUCCUCCAGCGAGCCAUGGUUGAACAAUUUCAUGAGACUCACGUGGAGGCUACGUUGACAGCGGAUAUUCCCCCACAGGUGCCUCUGCGCAAGGGCAUGCCCCACCUGGCGCUCUUCGAGGAGUCAUUCAACUCAAACAAAAACGUAAGGCAUGGCAAAGAGAUGAUCGAUCGCAUGCUGAAGGAUGUCAAAAUGCUGUUUUUUGACGGCAACCAUACGCUGAAGUUCGUAUUCCACUCGCGCCGGACGGCCGAGUUCUACAACGGGGUUUCGCUGCGUCUACAACGGGUAGUCAUCGACCUGGAGGACUCCAGCGGGCUGGAAGAUGGGGUGUAUAACUCGGCUCAGCUCCGACGUUUUUAUUCGAUUAGGAUUCUAAACGCGGCGGCGGAACUUGGCAUUGCCACGAUGGUAAGUGCAUUCUCCCAGCUAGCGGGUCUGGCUGCCUCACGUAUCUCCUCGGUAAGGUCUUCUUCAGAGGCUCAAAGGGUUUCUCCAGCUCCUGCUCAGACGGCCUCCCCAGUAUCGAGCUAUCUUGGUUCAUCGGCCCCAUCCCAAAGUCCACCUCCUGCGCCUACACCAGGCUCGGAGGCUCCUUACUCUAUCUGUUGUCUACGAGAAAACCGUUCCCCCCCCCGCACAAACCCAACACAGGUCAAUUACUGGCUGUCCUGGUUUCAAGGCAGGGAGGUCAACGUUCCUGCUAACGGGCAGUGUGCGAUUCUUGCUCUAUACGCGACGGUAUCGAACCAAGAGCAUGGCAGUUUACCACUUACCCCGGAAGUAAUUGCUGACGCCAACUUUCACAAGCGGGCGAUCUAUGCGCUGAUGGUGGAAAACUUGCAGGCUGACUGCAAGUUGGGGAUCCUGGACCCUUUUACGGAACUCGACCGCCUGAACCCGGGCUGCGAGCACCCCAAGACUAAGGAAGCGGCGAUCGCGAUUGUGUGCACCUAUCUUCUUCAUGAACGUCUCCGGUCGGUCGAUACCCGAGUUCCC